GAAACUGUUUAGAUUUUCCUGGCCGGUCCCAACCAAGAACUCUGCUCCUCACUUUCACUAUCGGCAAACUAGCGGGAAAAAAAUGUACAGAACGGCGGCGAAGCGCUUCCUCUAUGGUGCGACCUCUGGUAAUAUUAGCGCCGCCCGUAUCGGAUCACUCCCUAAUCUUCAGAAUAUCAUUAGCUUUUACCCAUUCUCAACUUCUUCACCUGAUCCUCAUUCAGUCUCUAAUCAACCUCCAAACCUCGAAAUUCCUCAUGUUUCAAAUUCUUCAUCUUCGUCUUCGUCUACGGCUGGGGAGUCUCGGCGCUUUAAGAGACAGAGGCCGGGUGUCGACUACCAAGACGAGCAGGCCCGAGUACUUAAGGCCUCCCUCCGACACGUCGCAAGGCUGGGAUGGACUGAAGGGGCUAUGAUUGCAGGUGCAAGAGAGAUCGGUGUGUCUCCUGCCAUCGUUGGAUCUUUCCCUAGAAAAGAAGCCUCUCUCGUUGAGUUUUUCAUGGAUGAUUGCCUACAAAGGCUUAUUGAUAUAAUUGAUUCGGGGGAGGAUUUACAGAAUUUGAUACCAAGUGAGCGCAUCUCCAAGCUCGUCAAAGUUCGUCUAGAAAUGCAAGCACCCUACAUAUCCAAGUGGCCACAAGCUCUUAGCAUCCAGGCACAACCAUCAAAUGUUCCCACAAGUUUUAAGCAGCGAGCAAUGCUGGUUGAUGAGAUUUGGCAUGCUGCUGGUGAUGAGGCCUCUGACAUAGAUUGGUAUGUGAAGCGCACAAUCCUUGGAGGAAUAUACUCAACAACUGAGAUUUACAUGCUGACUGAUAGUUCCCCAGAUUUUCGUGACACAUGGACAUUUUUGGAUGGUAGAGUGAGAGAUGCGUUUGAUCUAAAGAAGACCAUUCAGGAGGCAAAGUAUUUGGCAGAAGCCGUUGGUGCUGGAAUGGGGGGUUCUAUCCAAGGAUUUGUGAACAAAAUUUUUCAGAGAUGAACAACGUUGAUGAUUUAUAUGAUUAAAAUUAUUUCACAUGCAUCAGACUGCUCAAUUCUGGUGAAACUAUCGUGCCUUCUAGAUAUAGUUUCUUCUGACGGGGAGUUCAAACUGGGAGAUGCUUUGUUUCUGUUGUUAGUAUUUUGAUUAUCACCAAACUGCCUUGAAUAUUUCCUUUGUCCAUGUUCAGUCAUUUGCCGCUUGAAGUUCAGGCUGUGGUCGAAGCCCGAGAAGCUCUGUAGAUGUUGCAUGGUUGAACCUAUUGCUUUCUGGCCGAUCUACUCCUUGGAGUAAUGUUCAUAUUCUUUAUAGACCAUAUCACUGGUUAAAUGAUAAUAAUUGAGCCUCGAGGAAGGUAAAAGUUGGAUUCA